CUCUCCACAAUUCUGUCAUAUCGGAGUAACGGCAACCGGCGAUGUGACAGUUCGGAAUUUAUCAUCGACUACGGCUUAUAUUUACGGAACGGAUUGAUCUCACGCGGCGAUAUCGCAGAAGAUAAUUUCAAUAAAACGAACGCGACGAGUGUGACGAUCAAGUCUUGUUAGCGCAAUUACUCUUGCAAUACGUCAGAGUGAAAAAUAGGUGGCAGCUACGUGGAAAAUUAGGGGGCAAUCGUGGGCACUUUCGUUUCCGAAAUUUCGAUCGUUGCGACAAGCCAGAUUUCGUGGCGUUUACAUUUUUCAGCGCUAAAUCUGACAAUCAUCCUCAGUCGGAUGAAUAAUAAGCUUUGAAUUAUCGCGGAAAAUCGCCCUCGGUGUCCGAAGCAGUUGUCCUUAGUGUUCGCCCGAGAUGGAGGAUGCGCAAGAGGAGCUGCAAUUUGUGGUAGACGAUGUGAGCAACAUUAUCAAGGAGGCGAUCGAGGUGUCAAUAGGUGGUAAUACGUAUCAGCAUAAUAAAGUUAAUCAAUGGACCUCGAACGUGGUAGAGGCGUGCCUGGGCAAUCUAACGAAAUUACAGAAGGCUUACAAAUAUAUUGUAACUUGUACAAUCAUGCAGAAAAACGGAGCUGGACUUCAUACCGCGAGUUCGUGUUACUGGGAUAACGCUACCGAUGGCAGCUGCACGGUGCGCUGGGAAAACAAAACCAUGUAUUGCAUUGUAUCUGUCUUCGGACUGGCCCUAUAAAUUAAACUAUCCUGCGUAACAAAAUCCUGCGCUUGAGAAUUACAUAUAUUUUGGCAAUUAUAAGAUGUAUAAGUAAACGCCACUUUCAAAAGCGAAUCGUUUUGUUUCCUAAAGCUAUUAUUGGACAAAACUUCAUAUUUUUGCACAGGCUAUGGAAAUUGGGGGAAUAGCAGAGCACAAGUGAUUGUGAAAGUAGCUACGCAAUGCAAUGAUUAAUAUAUAUAUAUAUAUAUGUGAUAUAAAUAAAAUCGGGUGUAUGUACACAAAGUAGAUUGCGCUAAUAUAUAUUUAACUUUCUUAUAUUUACUUUUACGAAAAAGGAUAUUCUCUCUAUCUACAUUGUAACUUCUAUAAAAAAUAAAUGCCACAAGAUAUCGAUAA